AUGACACUAAGCUUCUUUGACCAAUUUUCAUUAACCGCCUUCAUAGGCAUCCCCCUGAUCGCCCUAGCCCUCACACUCCCGUGAAUCCUAUACCCCACCCCACAAAACCGCUGCCUAAAUAACCGCCUCCUCACCUUACAAGCCUGAUUCAUUCGCCAACUUACACAUCAGCUGUUCCUUCCUAUUAACCCAGGGGGCCACAAAUGAGCACUCCUCCUAGCCUCCGUCCUCAUCUUCUUGAUUACACUCAACCUACUAGGAAUCCUGCCAUACACCUUCACCCCAACAACCCAACUAUCUAUGAACAUAGGACUCGCCGUCCCACUAUGACUAGCGACCGUACUCAUUGGUGCCCGACAUCAGCCCACACACUCUCUAGCCCACCUCCUACCAGUGGGAACCCCCACCCCACUAAUCCCAAUCUUAAUUAUAAUUGAAACAAUCAGCCAAUUUAUUCGACCAAUCGCCCUAGGAGUUCGGCUUACCGCCAACCUCACAGCAGGCCACCUACUAAUUCAACUAAUUAGCACAGCAGCCUUCUACCUAGCCUUUACAAUACCAACCGUAUCAAUUCUAACCAUAGGCCUUCUUCUACUCCUUUCCAUCUUAGAACUAGCCGUCGCAAUCAUCCAAGCUUAUGUCUUCGUCCUACUAGUAAGCCUCUAUCUACAAGAAUCCGUUUAA